AAAAGGAAGGAAUUAUUUUCUGUAUCAAUACAGCACAGACUUUGACUGACUCCCACUUCUUCAACAUGUCCCUGCUGGAGAUAUAUCUCUGAAGUUUUAAUGUAUGCUGUGAGGAAACAGAAGUGCAAAAGGGCUUUCACCUUGAGUCUAAAUUUAUAAAGGUGCCACAGUUUCAUAAACAACCAUCUUUUGAAAUUUGAAAGAACUCCAACUUCAUAACUGACUCAGCUGGAUGUGAGUUGACCCGAAUCCUUGUGGAAAUUGAAGCAGAAUGAUGAAAUAUAGACUUAUAUUUGUGCUGCUGGCAGACCUGUGUGAUAUUGUCUCCUCCUGCAAUCUGGACCAUUAACCAAAAAAUCAGGACUCUUUUUCAGGUUUGUGCCCCAUUUAAGUCAGACCUACAAUAGACUGCACUAUCAACAAUGAAAAAAUGGAUGAAGUCUAUUUAAAGUAAUUAGUUAUAGAGCACCUAGCUGUCUCCUAUGUACAGUCUAACAUCCUCACUUUAUAUUUUGGUGAUCAUGUUAUGAUAUAACAUUUAAACGCUGCUAAACUAAUUAUCAGUCCUAUAAGUGUCUCUAUAAUACUAGGUUUGUUGCUAUAUUACUCAUACUUGGUACUUGACUGCAUUUUUUCCAUAAUACACUAAAAUGCCACAAGUAUGUGGACACCUAAAUGUGAUUGUUACAUACAGCCUCCACUCCUCUGUGAUGGCUUUCCACAAGAUUUUGAAACCUGGCUGCAGGGAUUUGCUCACAUCCAGUCACAGUCACCCUAAUAUUAAGGUUAAUAUUAGGGUUCUAGGGGGUCUAGGGUUCUAGGCUCUGUGCAAGUUCUUCCACACCAAACUGGGAAAACCAGUAUGUUGGGUCUUAUAGUGAAGUAUAUGAUAUUUUGCUAUAGUUUGUUAAGUAUAAUUAGAAGGUUAACAACGUUUUUAAGCAGUUAGUGUUGUAGAGAUCCCUGUUAUGGUUGUAUUUGUAGAGUACUUUAUCCUCUCCUUCGUUUCCUUCUCUCUUUCUCUUCAUCACCCCCUCCCCUCUCUGUCUCCCCAUCUCAGUACAGCAUCUCUCCUCCACUGGCCAUAUAUCCUCCCGCUUUACUGGCUUGCUCGCACGGCCGCACUUUUUUUUUUUUAAAUUCGCACCAGCUUCUAUUUGCAUUGUAGCUGCUUCGCCUUUUUGGAUACAGUAUUGGAUUUUUUUUUGCGAGGCUUGCUGUGUGCUUGCAUUCUCCUCAGAGACCAAACUAAAGGAUGGUCAGUCAGCAGAAGUGUUGGGAAGCCUUUAUUUUUUCGCUGCCAACCUUUUAAACGCUCUGGGGCGAAAUAAACCUCGCUGACAGUGAAAUUACUCCACAUUUUUAUAUAUAUUUUCUCUCUCUCCCUCUCUCUCUCUCUCUCUCUCUCUCUCUCUCUCUCUCUUUCUCUUCUCAUUCUCUUUCCAAUAUGCAAUUAUUGCGCGCGGACGGAGGUGACGUCCCCCACAAUUGAUGCCAGAUACUAAACAGUGCAAUCUGCGUGUGAAGAUAGGAUCUACGGAGCUGGGAGAAGUUUGACUGCGCAUCGUCCUGUGUGGAAUGGGCGAUGGAAUGUGCUACAGCUUUGCAAUGAGACGUCUGUGGGUCUGUGUCUUGCUUGUGAGCAUCACCUGCCGUCUGAGCCUCUCCCAGGAUGUAACUGGAACUCCCAAAGAGGCAGAGUUAAAUGACAAUAUUACCAUAUUCACACGCAUCCUGGAUGGACUGCUGGACGGUUAUGAUAACAGACUCCGCCCCGGACUGGGAGAAAAGGUGACAGAGAUCAAAACCAACAUCUUUGUCACAAGCUUUGGUCCAGUCUCUGACACUGAAAUGGAAUACACUAUUGAUGUGUUCUUUCGUCAAAGUUGGAAAGAUGAAAGACUUUGCUUUAAAGGCCCAAUGGAGAUGCUUCCCCUGAAUAAUCUUCUGGCCAGUAACAUCUGGACUCCCGACACCUUCUUCCUCAAUGGAAAGAAAUCCAUCGCUCAUAAUAUGACUACACCUAACAAGCUACUGCGGCUGAAAGAUGACGGGACUCUUCUCUAUACCAUGAGACUGACUAUAUCGGCAGAAUGUCCCAUGCAACUGGAGGAUUUCCCAAUGGAUGCCCAUGCUUGCCCCCUUAAGUUUGGAAGCUAUGCAUAUCCAGUCUCGGAGGUGGUCUACACAUGGACUCAGGGAGCAGCCAAGUCAGUGGUGGUGGCAGAGGAAGGCUCGCGGCUCAAUCAGUAUCACCUGAUAGGUCAGACGGCAGGGACAGAGGACAUUUACACCAGCCGAGGUCAAUACACCGUGAUGAUGGCUCACUUUUAUCUGAAGAGGAAGAUCGGCUACUUUGUCAUCCAGACCUACAUGCCUUGCUUCAUGACUGUAAUCCUGUCCCAGGUUUCAUUUUGGCUCAACCGGGAGUCUGUGCCAGCACGAACUGUCUUUGGUGUGACCACAGUCCUGACCAUGACCACUCUCAGCAUUAGCGCUCGAAACUCACUGCCUAAAGUUGCUUACGCUACUGCCAUGGACUGGUUCAUUGCAGUGUGCUAUGCCUUUGUCUUCUCUGCCCUCAUCGAAUUCGCUACAGUUAACUACUUCACCAAGAGGAGCUGGGCCUGGGAUGGAAAAAAGGCAAUGGAGGCCCAACAACCCAAGAAGAAGGACCCCCUGGCUCUUUCUAAAAAGCCAAACAACACCUGUUCAGCUGGUGUGAAUUACACAACCAACAUUACGAAGGACGCCUCCAUCUCUACCAUUUCAAAUAGCACGGCUGUUCAGCUCAAGCCCUCUGAAACCAAGGCCCCAGAUCCCAAAAAGACUUACAACAGCGUGAGCAAGAUUGACAAGAUGUCCAGGAUAGUGUUCCCAGUGCUGUUUGGGACCUUCAACCUGGUGUACUGGGCCACAUAUCUGAAUAGGGAACCAGUAAUCAAAGGAGCCGUGUAAGCUCCACGAUGAGGGUCAUUCAUCCUCCUGACAACCACUUCAGGAUUUGAUAACUGGAACGCAAUCAAAAACAAUGCCAAGCACUUAGUCCUUGUAUCACAGAUGUGUUUUUUUAGGUCAUUGAUUACAUUGCAUGUGUGUUGCUUCAGGAAAAUGUUGCCAUGUUUGCCUUGAGUUUGUACAUGUAUGAUAUGUGACUUUUCCUCAAAAGGCAGUUUAAUUUGUCUCAUUUUAGAACUCCAGUCACUCAUUAGUUUCUGCCAAAUUAAAUCAUUUUAGCAUUUGGCAUUUAUAUUUUCUCCUUGAGUCAACAGUAGGUGGUGUACAGCAAGGCCAAAUGCUAUGCAAAACAUUUUUACUGUGUUAUUACUCAAAACCGGCUUUUAUCUUUGUAACUCUUACUUUGUAC